AUGCCUAAGUCGUCGAAGCUUCCCAGACGUGCGCGGCAGCGACGCAAUGUUGGCCGCGGUGGCAUCGAAGAUGUUCCUCGACAUGCCACAGACUGUGGCCUGCCUACUGGUAGGCGGUACGCAAAUUCUCAAGUGACUCGAAGUUCUAAUAGUUCUCUUGGCCCAGACUCACACCCGGAUCUAUCUGACAACAGCCUUGACAGCGACGAUGGCUGUCAAACCCGAAUACUGUCAACGCCGACGGAAAAUGGCUGUCCAUCAAUGCCCAGGAAUCCGAAAGGACCCUUAAUGGGCCUAGGAGAUGUUUCUUUCUCAAAAGAUGAUACGGGGGAAGCGUCUGAUGACUGCUCAGAUACAGAGUCAGAGUCUGACUUAGAAAGCCUUGUUGACUCUGGCUACGGCUCGGCUGAUGAUGAUCCUGAAAAGGAGGCUCGUUUCUAUGAGUGCUUUGAAGCUGAGUGUGAGGUAGAAGGCCCGAUCAUGUCCGUUCACAAAGAAAACACCAAGAAAAUGACUGAACCAGAAGAAGUUCGAUGGAAUAAGUAUUGCACUAUUCGCAAGCGUGACCCCUUGGAAUCUAUGAAGGCCUGCAAUGCUUCAUUUAUCAAGUCCUACUUGCACUGGCGUGUAAAGCAUUCUAGAAUUCGAAAAGCGUCUUCUAUUUUGACGUACUGGAAUGUACUCAGCAUGGUUUAUGCUACCAAGGCCCAGCGCUAUAUGGACGGUGGCAUGCUCUAUGACAUAGGAAACUGGAUUCACGCGAAACUCGCACCUGCAUUCAAUUUGGAAUAUUCAAAGAAGGAGAAGUCUGGGCUAUUUGUCCAAGACUUGGACUUAAUUCUAUACCACCAUUGGGUUCACGACAAAUCCGUCUACGACCAUGAACAUUUGCGGGCGUCGAUGUCUACGAUUCUAGUCUUAGCCGGUGCCACUGCCACAAGACCGGAUGCGCUCAUUGGGAACGUUCUCUACAAACAUGUGGAAUUCCAGCUCUUCCCGCCUCUUGAUGGGCAAUCCCGUCCCCGUGUUGGCCUAACCUUGAAUCUAGAGCAUCUCAAAGGAGGGGAAGAACACAAGGUUUUUGGGUUUCAUGAAGAAGAUAAUCUGAUUCAUGAUCCUGUACUGCAUCUUAUGUUCCACGCUUUCGCUGAUGGGGCGUUUGAGAAUGAAAUCACGGGCCCUGAACAAAUAUACGACAUGACCGUACCAGAGUACCUAGACCGGAUACGGCUUUUGUGGAAGGAGGAGUGGCGUGAGCGCCCGUUGUUUAGAGACUUCGAUGGCCUCCAUAUUGCUUUACACAAAGCUUUGAAGUAUCGGAAAGUACGAGGAUUCUUGAUCCGUCUUGGUCGAGAGUUGGGGUACAAGAAGACACUUGAAUUCUAUGACCUACGUCGUGGAUCAGGCCAAAAGCUAAACGAGGCUCUUACUCCUGAGGAGAGAAACAAAACAAUGGGUCAUACACUCGGCGAUUCCGGGACAUACUUGAGAUAUUACAUGCCGAACUUCAUUGGGGCAGACGUUCAGUCUAUUAUUUUCGGAAGCUCCCCACAGACAGACUUGAUGCAGCUUAUGGGCCGGCUUCAUCGCCAUCAGCACACACCAAAGGCAUUGACAGACCGGCAGAAGCUGGAGGUCACUGAGGACCCAAGACUUACUAGGUAUGUGAAGAAGCGAAAGCGGGCGUUGGAAAGAAUCAAACGCGCUGGAUACGUUUCAGCCUCCGCCGCAAAGGAUACGCCUGAAGGAAAAGCCUAUGACAAGUACCGAAAGAAAGUCGAGAGUGUACGAAACGUACUGUUAAGAAAACGUUUGGAACGGGCGGUUCAGGAGUUUCAUGAAACGAUACACUCAAAAGAAGUUGAUCAACAAUUGCAAGGGAUCAAGCCUACGGACCUUGCACAAUCAGAUAUGAAGCAUGAACUUCCUGAGCGAGCACUAGUAGCAAGUCUGUUCUCACAGGUGGCUCAGGUCCAGAGUAGAGAAGGGCUCCACCAGCUGCCCUUUGCAAGAGGCGCGAGAGUCCUUGCCGCCGCCCAUCUCGGCAAGGUCGGAGGAACGGUUCCAAGGUGCAAGGAGUGUUCCAUGGAGUUCAGUCAGGCCCUUCGCCUCAUGUUGAUGCACAGAGUUGCCCGUCCGCAAUCCUCGGAUCAGCGUCUAUCUCAUAUCCGUCAAAAGCUUUGA